GAAAACAAAAAAAGGAAACAUCAUCUGUCCAUGUGGUUGACCAUCCAGCCGUGCGCCUCUUUUAUUUUGACGUUUUCUCAGCGUCACAUCCCGCCGCCGGCCGGAGGAGGAAUGUAGGGACGGAGGCUUUUAAAAAUAGCAUCCUCUCCGGUGGCAGCGCUGCUCCGCCGGCUGCCCGCAGCACUCUGCUGCCAGAAGCAGGAAUGCGAAGAUGGCUGCAGACCUGGGAGAGCUGCUGGUCCCUUACAUGCCCACCAUCAGGGUGCCCAGAACUGGAGACAGGGUCUUCAAGAGCGAGUGCGCCUUCUCCUUCGACUCGCCCGAAUCUGAGGGAGGCCUGUAUGUGUGUAUGAACACAUUCCUGGGUUUUGGAAGAGAACACGUGGAGAGACAUUACCGCAAAACAGGACAGAGUGUUUACAUGCACCUCAAACGACACGUCAAAGAAAAAGCCAUAGGAGCUGCCGGAGGUGCCAUCCCCAGAAGAAGAAAUGGGAAAGUUUUUCUUGAUUUAGAGCUAAACCGUGAUUUUAACGGGGAGGACUAUGAAUAUGAAGAUGAGGCCAAGCUUGUCAUUUUCCCAGACCACUUCGAGAUCCCUUUACCAAAUAUUGAGGAGUUGCCCGCACUGGUGACGAUUGCCUGUGAUGCAGUGCUCAAUGCACCUUCAGCUUAUAAGAAACAAGAGCCUGAUUCCUGGGAAGAAGAGAUUCAGGUGUCCAGACAUGCCAGGAGCCUCAGGCAGCUGGAUAAUGGGGUCAGGAUCCCACCCAGUGGCUGGAAGUGUCAGAAGUGUGAGUUGAGGGAGAACUUGUGGCUGAACCUUACAGACGGAGCAGUGCUCUGUGGGAAAUGGUUCUUUGAUGGCAGCGGCGGUAAUGGACAUGCAUUGGAGCACUACAGAGAGACCAACUUUCCCCUGGCUGUCAAACUGGAUACCAUCACCCCAGAUGGAACAGAUGUUUAUUCAUUUGAGGAGGAAGAAGCUGCAUUGGACCCUCUAAUAUCAGAACAUUUAGCACACUUUGGGAUCGACAUGCUGCAGAUGCACAAAAAGACAGAAAACGGACACCAUACAGAUAAUAAUGCCCAACUGCGGGCCACUGAGUGGGAAGUGAUCCAGGAGUCGGGUAUGAAGCUGAAGGCGGUGUAUGGUUCUGGUUACACGGGCAUCAAAAACCUGGGCAACAGCUGCUACCUCAGCACAGUAAUUCAGGUCCUCUUCAGCAUCCCGGACUUCCAGAGGAUGUAUGUGGGCAACCUUCAAAGGAUAUUUGACUUUUCACCCCUCGACCCAACACAGGAUUUUGCUACACAAAUGGCUAAACUGGGACACGGCUUGCUCUCAGGCCAGUACUCCAAACCACCCAUGAAAUCUGAGCUCAUUGAACAGGUGAUGAAAGAAGAAUACAAGGUAUUAAACUGGCACCAGCAGAAGGGCGUGUCUCCUCGGAUGUUGAAGGCCCUGGUCAGCAGGGGGCACCCGGAGUUUUCCUCAAACAGGCAACAAGAUGCCCAUGAGUUCUUCCUGCACGUCAUCAACCUGGUGGAGAGGAACAGUGCUGGCUCUGAGAAUCCAAGUGACAUCUUCCGUUUCCUGGUGGAGGAACGUAUUCAGUGCUGUCAGACAAGGCGGGUGCGCUACACUCAACGAGUGGACUACGGCAUCCAGCUGCCAGCCCCCUUUGAGGCAGCAACCAAUCGGGAGGAGCUGCUGGCAUAUGAGGCUAAACGGAAGGAUGCAGAGGAGAACAUGCGUGCAGCUCCCGAGCCGGUGAGAGCACGGAUCCCUUUCACUGCCUGCCUGCAGGCGUUUACUGAGCCAGAAAAUGUCCCUGACUUCUGGAGCUCAGCACUGCAAGCCAAGUCAGCUGGAGUCAAAACUUCCCGGUUUUCAUCCUUCCCAGAGUAUCUGGUUGUGCAGAUCAAGAAAUUCACAUUUGGGGUUGACUGGGUUCCAAAGAAAUUAGAUUUGGCCAUAGAUGUUCCAGACUUUUUGGAUUUGAACCGGCUGCGAGCCACAGGGCUGCAGGCGGGUGAAGAGGAGCUGCCGGACCUCAUGCCUCCCAUUGUGCUUCCUGAAGACAGCAGAGCUCCAGAAAUAGACGAGACGGCUGUAAUGCAGUUAGCAGAGAUGGGCUUUCCACUGGAGGCCUGUCGGAAAGCCGUGUACUACACGGGCAACAUGGGCCCAGAGAUGGCCUUCAACUGGAUCAUAGCGCACAUGGAGGAGCCUGACUUUGCAGAACCUCUCACUCUGCCUUCUAUGAUGGAUCCUGGUCUGUCCUCCAGUGACAGUCCCAUGGGUGGUGCCACUCCGCUGGCCAACUCACCCCCUGAGGAAAGCAUCGCCAUCCUCACUUCAAUGGGCUUCCCUCGCAGUCACAGCAUCAAUGCUCUCAAAGCCACUAACAAUAACCUUGAACGAGCACUCGACUGGAUCUUCACCCACCCAGAGGAGGAGGAGAGCGACGCCCUGUCAGACAUGGCUGAGACGGAGCCUAACGACAACGCCUUUUCCAACACCAACUCGCACAGCGACUCCAUGAUGUCUCUAGACAGGGACAUGUCGGGUCCCCUGGUUAAAGACGGACCAGGACGUUAUGAGCUCUUUGCCUUCAUCAGUCACAUGGGCGCCUCCACAAUGUCCGGGCAUUAUGUUUGUCACAUCAAGAAGGAGGGAAGGUGGGUGAUCUACAACGACCACAAAGUAUGUUUGUCAGAAAGGCCUCCUAAAGACUUGGCCUACAUCUACUUUUACCGUCGACUGUCUUGCAGUUAAAGUUGCCGUCACCAUGGAAAUGAUGGAAAGAACCUCUCAGACCAGCUGUUCGCCUUACCGUGUUGUCAGUUAGGAGCAACCACGAAAUGUUCAACACUAACCAGCAGGAAGGGAAAGCAGUUUGCCUUUUGUGCAUUUGUGUUAUGUAAUGCUUUCAUUGUGCACUUCAGUGUUUAUGUUGGAAAAAGACUAUUUUCUUUACGGCGCAGGUACAGAGGGAUUUGUGCAAUUUCCCCUUGCAGAGUGCUCUGGACAUAAAACGUCACAUAUCGGUCAUCGUCUAAGCCCUCAGCUGCUGUGCCAGGAAUUUCAAAGUGAUACAUUUUAUAAAUGUAUCGUAUAUUGAAAUGGCAUUGCUUCAUGGCCAUUUGUGAAACGCGUUGAAUCUCCAAGAAGGAAGAGGUCGCAGUGUUGCUGAUUAUUUCGGAUUUUUCUUUGAAAUUGAAAAGAUAGAAAAUAAUGCUUUUCAUCUCUGGAGAAACUGGCUGUUAUGUGAAAUGACUAUUUUGACAGCGUGCUGUACAAUCGUCACACACAGGAUGUGCACCCAUUUUUGUUUGCUUUGUAGCAAACAGACAAAUUGCAGCUACAUCACAGAACAAUUUUGUUCAAAAGCUGAACAUUCUGGUUUCAUGAAACAUAUGUCAAGCAAAAUGACUCUAAUUAGUAAUAUUAAUGAUGUAUUUGUUUCCAGGUUAGGUAGAGGAAAAAAAUGGAGAUGACAGGCAAAUUUGCAGCAAUCUCAUAGUUGUAUCAUAUUGGUCAGAAUGAUACUUCUUUUGCACAUCUGAGUCAUGUUGUAUUGAGCUAAUAGGACUAAUAAAUUUAAGAUUUUUAACCUUGUUGAAUGACAUACAGUAUGUUACCCGAUAACAUUAGAACUAAACAUAACCAAUGGUGCAAACUAUUCCAAACUGGGAUAAUAAUUUGUCAACUAAUAAUUUGUCAAAAUUGGAGCAACUUAAAUUUACCUUUAUCAUUGUAUUUGCUGUUUUACCCCAUAACUUCACAACAUUCAGUCACAGAUAGCCCAAACUAUACCUAUAUGGAGUCUUUCUGAUCAGACAAAUCAUUUGGAAUACUUUUCAAAAUGACUGGAGCAUUUCUAAAUGAUGGCCCCUGUGUAAUCCUUCAUUGACCUAGCUAGCUAUAGCUGCCACCCUGGAAUGGCCACCAUAUGUUUUUGUGUUUUUGGUAUCCUGAGGCUUGAUUGAAAGUAUUAUUUAGUCCCCUUAAAUGGUACUGAAAUCCUGCUGAGCCUAUGGACUACUGACCAUUUACAUGUCAUGCAGCCCCAUGAGUGGGGAUGUUUAUUUGAUUACUUCUGGCUAUCACUUAUCUGUUUAAUUAGUACAGCAUCAGACAAAGGUUUGGGCAUCAUCUAUCUGGUCGGUGUCAAUUCAUUAAUUAAUCAGUAAAUAUGACAUUCAUCCAUACAUCUGCAUUCAAUGAUUGCCUCUUUAGCCCACUGGAAUCUUUCUUCUGUUUAGGCAUUAAUGGUAAAUUUCUUUGGGCUUUUCUGUAUGUAAAUCUCAUUCCAUUCAACCCGGUUGUUAACAUUUCGGUCCUGUUUCCACCCAUUUGUUGUGUAUUUCAAGGCAUACUUUAUCAUCUUUUUCAUAAUUUUUGGUCAAGUUUCCUUUCAAUUACCCAAGUCCAACAUCUCAUUAAGGUGCAUAACCGCUUUCCUUUAACUGAAGACUGAUUUGCAUUUUUAGACUUGAGCCAGCAUUUGUUUUUAAAAUACAAAUUACAAGGUGAUUUCAUAUUUGUUCAACAUUGCUUCUCUCAUGUUUUUCCUCCACUUGGCCUGGGGUGAAAAAUGGCAUAAAUUAAAUUUGUUUGAGGUAGGUUGGACUACCAAUAUUUAUAGAAAGGGGUUUGAUUCCCGGUUAUAAUACCUGUCUGUGUCCUUUGACAAGACGCUUAAUCUGCAUUGUCUCAGUCCGCCCAGCUGUAAAUUAGUACCGACCUUAGCUGGGAAGUAACCUGUGGUGGACUGGCACCCUGUCGAGGGGACAUGUUGGCUCUGCUUCAUGCUACAGAAACCAAAGUUUUGCAUGGAUCUGAUGGGCCUCUGGGCCAAGAAAGUAUUCUAUGAUGUCAGAAGCCAGAAUGGUCUUCUUUUGAGCCCAAAAAAAGUGAUUUUAAUGAUUUUCUUUAUGAUGUAUCAAAACUCUGUAAACAAUCUCUAAAUGUGAUAGCUCCAUAAUGUUUUUUGUUUGGUUUUUUUUUGCUGAUGGUUAUCACCAAAAAGUGUGACUCAAGCAUGUCUUGUUUUCACUUGCAAAUGAUUGGAAAUUUAUUCCUCUUAAUCGGGAACUCUGUAAGAGUCAGUACUUUCAGUUAUUAAAACAGAACUGCAUUAUUUUCUCUAUUUCGUGUGAAGCACUUUUUCGUAAAUUUUAAAUUUUUACACCUCAUGCAAUAGAAGAAUGUUAUUCACCAGCUACAAGCAGUUGAAUGUAAUAUCAAGUUUCACCUACAGUUCUGUACAUCCAGGGUUUACUGUGAUUAAAAGCUACAGUGUGUAGGAUUUCCUAU